AUGAUCAAUUACAAGUAUGACAAAAAGCUAUUUUGGAGAUACACGAGCAAUUCUACUGAAAUGCUGCUAACUAACUGUCAAUAUGCAGCUGAUGCUGCCCUGCUGUCAACUACUAGAUCAGGAGCUAUGAGAGCGGUGACUGAAUAUAUGAAGACAAGUCAAGAUUUUGGUUUAUCACUGAGAAUCCCGAAAACUAAGGUGAUGGCUGCAGGUAGGGAGGUAUGUUCCAAAGAUUGCAGUCCCAUACAUACUGAACAUGGUGACAUUGAAUAUGUACGAGAUUUCACAUAUCUUGGAUCCACAAUUGAAGCUUCAGGAAAAUUAGACUUGGAUGUAGAUUGCAGAAUUGCGAAAGCAUCCAAGACAUUUGGAGCUUUACGUAAAGCUGUGUUUGAGGAUAAAAAUCUGACUACAUUGACAAAAUGCAAAGUAUAUGAUGCUUGUGUGCUCUCUACACUAUUAUAUGGCUCUGAAUCGUGA